UGGGGAAAAUAGAGGAAUAGGAUGGAAAAAGGGUAAGAUGCGGGGUGUCAAAAAUAAGAACGCGACCCCACUGAGAAAGGGAAAAUCGAAGACGCGUAUCUAGGAAAUAUUAUCGCCUUGUCAUAGAGGAAGAUCCUUCGUCAUCCCCUGUCUUCUUCCAGGCAUUCCAACGGUCAUAUCUUUGGCCACUUUUCCGACAUCUUUGAACGGCGGCUUUCAUAGACCAAAUCGAAGAAGACUUUCCAUUUGUUGCUCUUCUACUCUGUUGACGCUCCCAUCAUGAUAGAGGCCAUGUCCUCCCAAAAACAGCUUCAAGUUCAAUUAGAAGAUGGUAACACACAAAAAUGGCGUGUAUCAUUGAGGGAAGAUGUCUUUCAUUCCUUCAUUUCUAAGGACAAUCCCACCGUGCUUAAGGUCUUUGGUGAUGGAUCAUUCUUCAGCCCGUUGUUGUUUGGGAAGUUCUUCGAUCCAUCUGAUGCCUUCCCUCUAUGGGAGUUUGAUGCAGAGGUUUUGUUGUCCUGUCUCCGGAGUUCUGGUCAGAGCAAUGUCAACUGGUUUGAAACAUCUAUGGAAUACGUUCUACAAGCAGAACUUCCAGGAUGCGGGCUACACAGCACUCAAGUAUGUCUGGAAAACGGGAAGGUUGUGGAGAUAAGUGGGCAAUGGAGGCAGCAACGAGAAUCCAAUCCAGUGGACUGGAGAAGUGGCUCCUGGUGGGCAUAUGGGUACGUUCGACGGCUUGAACUGCCAGAGAAUGCAGAAUGGAGAGAAAUGGAGGCAAAAGUCUAUGAUGAAAGGAAUUUGGAGAUAAAAAUUCCUAAGAAACACCUGGACUCCAAUAUUCCUCAAAAAUGUGAUGUGGCACUCAAAGAUUAUGAACUUGUAUAAGCUAAUGGCAUAAUAUCAAAAAAACAGGCUGCACAUAAAUAAAUUUGAUUUAACAUAAUGGAGUUGAUGAGUGAUUACAAUACCACAAAAGGGAAAAUCCAAUCUGUGAUGAUACUACACAAAUUUAGUAGACAGAAAAAGGAAGAAUUGCUGAAGUGGUAUAAUAAUACAUUAAGGAAAAGCAUGAAGAAGGCUAGAGAUAGAUAUAUCCUAUUAACAGUUGUAAAUUUGUACUGGAUUUUGUUACACUAGCACAAUAUCAUAUGUAACCAUAUAGAUGUUACUUCAUUAGCAAGGAGAAGGGAAUGCAGAAAAUGCUUCAUUGCAUCAUAAACUGGUGCAGAUUUAA